AUGCAAAAGCGUCGCAGCAGCAGCUGCAAGGAAAUUCAAUAGAUUUUCAUUUCACAAUUUGUUAAAAAUAAAAACAUAAAUUUUGUUGCAAGUUAUGGAAGAGCUACGCAAGCAUUUAUCAAAGGUAAACGUACCGUGUGGCAAUCCACCAAUUUACAAAGACGAGUGCGUCUUCUCCUACGACAACCCGGAGACGCCGACGGGCCUCUACGUCUGCCUGCAAAGCUUCCUCGGCUUCGGGGAGGCGUACGUGAAUGAAUAUGCCGCUAAGACCGGAAAUGUUGUGUUUUUGCACAUUAAACGCGAGCGGAAACUGAAGGAUGGCGAGUCCAAUGUGAAGGCGCAGUUGGACGAAGCGGAAGCCGGGCCGGAGCGAAAAAUUACGCGUCUUGCCAUUGGCGUCGAGGGCGGUUACAAUGAGACUGAUUUGGCUAAGAAGUACGAGAUUAAGGAUACGUACAGCAUUGUGGUGGCCCCCCAUCUGGAUAAGAAGCUGCCCUAUCCAGAUCCCGAGCUGCCCAUGCGAGUCACCCAAGCGGUGGAGGCAAUCAUUGAAGCAGAUUCUGCCAUAGCAAAGCUCGAGAAGGCCACACUCACCGGCACAUGGGAUGGUGAGGUGCGUCAGGCCUCGAAGUACGCAGAGAAUCUUCAACAGCUGGACAAUGGAAAGAAGAUACCGCCAGCUGGCUGGCAGUGCGAGAAAUGCGAUCUGACCAACAAUCUGUGGCUGAAUCUAACAGACGGCUCCAUCCUAUGUGGACGCAAGUUCUUUGAUGGCAGCGGAGGCAAUGAUCACGCUGUAGAGCAUUAUCGAGAGACUGGCUAUCCGCUGGCCGUUAAGCUUGGUACAAUUUCGGCCGAUGGCAAAUCGGAUGUAUUCUCCUAUCCGGAGGACGAUAUGGUCUUAGAUCCGCACUUGAGCAAGCAUUUACAACACUUUGGCAUCAAUAUGGCGGCCAUGCAGAAGUGUGAGAAAUCCAUGGUCGAGCUGGAGCUGGAGAUUAAUCAGCGCAUUGGUGAAUGGUCUGCGCUGACGGAGAGCGAGAGCGAGCUGCAACCGCUGGCCGGACCUGGCUAUACGGGCAUGCGAAAUCUGGGCAACUCCUGCUACAUAAACAGCGUGAUGCAGGUGCUCUUUGUCAUCCCUGAUUUCCAGAAGCGUUUCGUUGGCAGCGGCGCCGAUCAGUACUUCAAGAGCUUUCCCAGUGAUCCGGCCAAUGAUUUCAAUAUACAGAUGGCCAAACUGGGCAAUGGAUUGCUGUCGGGAAAGUACAGCAGCUUAGUGGGCAACACGCUGGACAUGGAGCACAUGACGGGCAUCUCGCCGGCCAUGUUUAAGAAUAUUGUGGGCAAGAAUCAUCCCGAGUUUAGCACCAAGCAGCAGCAGGACGCCAAUGAUUUCUAUUUGCAUUUGUUAACACUGCUCGACCGCAACUCCCGCAAUCAAUUCAAUCCGGCGGAUGCUCUCAAAUUCCAGCUGGAGGAUCGUGUCGAGUGCAUGGCCAGUCACAAGGUCAAAUAUAAGACACGUGAGGAGUACAGCUUCCGACUGCCGAUUCCCCUUGAGCAGGCCACCAAUCUGGAUGAGGUGCGCGAGUAUCAGGAGCGAGAGCAGGCAGCACGAGCUAGUGGGCAACGUUUGCCGGAUCGUGAGCUGGUGCGGCACAAGGUUCCGCUGCAGGCAUGUCUGGAGCGUUUCUUUGGCAACGAGAUCAUCGACCAGUUCUAUUCGACGGCCAUAAAUGCCAAGACGACGGCCAAGAAGACGACGCGCAUGGCCACCAUGCCGGAUUUCUUGAUGAUUCAUCUGGGCAAAUUUACGCUCGGCGAUGAUUGGGUGCCCAAGAAGCUUGAUGUGUCUGUGGAUAUGCCGGAUGAGCUGGAUCUUAGUGUCUGGCGCUCGACUGGACCUCAACCAGGAGAGGAACUACUGCCUGAACCUGCAGCUGCAGCGUCCCCAGCGUUUGUUUUCGAUGAGAAUGUGAUGUCGGAGCUGGUCAACAUGGGCUUCCCACAGGAGGCAUGCAAACGCGCCUGUUUCCAUACGCAGAAUAUCGGACUGGAGGCUGCUUCCAAUUGGCUAAUGGAACACAUUGCCGAUGCGGAUAUCUCCGAUCCAUUCGAGGUGCCAAAUAAUCGCAUUGGUGAUGGCGCCGCCUCCGCCUUCGUUGCCAAUCCCGAGUCACUGGCCAUGCUCAUGAGCAUGGGCUUUGGCGAGCGUCAAGCGACGGCCGCCCUCAAGGCCACCGAUGGCAAUGUGGAGCGAGCCACCGACUGGAUCUUCUCGCAUGCCGACGCCGGCAUUGAUGAUGCGCCAGCGGCUGCACCAGCCUGCACUACAGCCGCCACAACUGCAGCGGGGAGCUCUUAUCGCGAUGGGCCCGGAAAAUAUAAAUUGGUGGCGUUCAUCUCUCACAUGGGCACCUCUGCCCAGGUGGGUCACUAUGUCUGCCACAUACGCAAACAGGGCGAGUGGGUGAUCUUCAACGACACCAAGGUAGCCAAGUCACAGAAUCCACCCAAGGAUCUGGGCUACCUGUAUCUGUAUAUGCGCGAUGAGUAAAGCAGCG